CGUUUGUCGGCGUCAGUACUGAAACAUGACGAAAGCAGGUGGUAAAAGGCGAGCAGAGAGUGGUGCGGCGCGGAGGCGGAACAAGCCGAGGGUUAACGGCCGGCCGGAGAAGAGCGCAGGGCCGCUGAAGGCGGUGGGAGGCCGCGGACUAGGAAAAGCAGGAGCCAAGCGCCUCGGGCAGAUGCUAAAACGGGUCAUCCAGGAUGAUCGUAACAGCAAAGGAAAGGAAACUGACCAGUUACCAACCACUCCGAUUCGCCUUUUGAAGCACAAGGCCCAAACCAUUGUCCAGACACCAGUCUCUAAGGGAAGGACACAAGCAGCUGCCCCUCGGGUCUCCGCCCUCGUUCUGGAGGUGAUUUCCCAGUGCAAGCGUCGAGGCGGCAUGUCUAUGCAGGAACUCAAGCAGGCCCUGGCAGCAGGUGGCUAUGAUGUGACCAAAAACAAUGCCAGAGUAAACCUGGCCAUGCGAGGCCUAGUUAGAAAAGAGACCAUAGUGCAAACUGCAGGACAGGACUCCUUCAAAAUUAACAAGAAGAAACCAACAGCUGAGAAAAGUGGGAGGAUAAGAGCAAAGAGGAAAAAAGAUGCAGAAAAAAAAUCAGCAAGCAAAAGGCCUAAGCCAGCAGGAAAAUAUGACGAAGCAGGACAAAAGCAGCAACGGAAAAGGGCCACAGCUGCAGUACGGAGCCCCAAGACGGUUAAAAAAGGUGUCAAAGCUCAGUCUCAAGCAAGGAAGAAUACUAAAAAAACACAGAAAGUUGUCACCAACACCAAACGUAAAUCUCAACACAAGGUAGUUCAUUCAAGGUAGACACUAAAACUGGACUACUGUCACAUUUUAAGCAUGGGCAUGUCAGCUUUGCUUAUAUCAGUCAUCUUAAUUCAUUGCUUGAAUAAGGCAUGAGCUCAUUAAAGGCUGAACAAUGCAAUAUGUAUGUUAGGGGUGCAAUUACUUUCACC